AUGAACGCCCUUUCCCAGUCUAUUUUAUCCUCCCGAGUUUCCAGCACGUCUGCGUUUACGUCCACGUCUAAGUCGUCUGCCGGAUCCAGCAACAAACGAGGCGCUUUGCAAGUCAUGGCAGCCUCGAAGAAAAAAGACGUCCGAUUGCAAGUGACGUUGGAGUGCACGGAGCAAAGAGAAGCGGGCGUGCAAGGGAUGAGCCGAUACAUCACGCAAAAGAACCGCAGAAACAACUCACAAAGAAUUGAAUUGAUGAAAUAUAACCCGUACAUGAAGAAGCACACUUUGCACAGAGAGUUGAAGAAGUAA